CGCGCUAGAAUCUUUGGAACGUAUUUCUAAAAAUAACAAACUCAUACACUACUCCAAAUAAACAAAGCCCGAAGCCGCGUAUAUACACACAAGCGAAAGGGUUUGAUUGCGAUCGAUUCCCGGAGAUUUCGAACCAUUGCCGAAAAUCCCAGUCAGCAGUGAUCGGUAUCGAAGCAUAAAGAGUAAAGGUAGUAAAAAAAAUCCACCGGAUGGGAUGGAUGGGUUGGUAUGGAAAGGAUCGUCGAAUAGCGUUGAACAAGUGCACGACGCAGGCCGCCUGCCGGUAGACGAGGGUGUACGGGGUGGAAAAUAUCGCUUGCCGCGGCGAAAACCAGUGGAAAACGAGAGGCUGGAAAUUUUCUUAUUUGGUUUUAGUUUUUUCGAAGGAUCGCUCAAAUUAGUUGAUCGUUACGCUUCGUCGGGUUCGGUCGUGUGCGAGAGAAGUUCGGGUACUGCCAGAAGUGACUAACAAGUGACCAUACAUAAUUGUGCGGUUGAUUUUAAUAAUCAAUUAAUGAAGCAAAUAUUUAUUUUUUGUUUGAUUCAAGAGGUCUAAAUAUUUACAAAUAGCCGCUUGUUGUUGAAUCGGAUCUUGUGAGGAAGCUGCAGUGUUUACUGGUUUCUUCCGGUGUUUUUUAUUGCAAAUCCGCACUGGACUAUUUGGCGGAAAGGUGAAGAACUUUAAUUCAUAAAGUUGUUUUUUUUUCUCGAAAACUUGUUUACAAUGAUUAAGACUGAAGAACAUGUUGAUUCGAGCAGCGUUGUAGGUAGUGUUGGAGGUUAUCACUAUCGGAAUAUUAGCUCGAACAUCGUUGUGGCUACGCCACAUAUCAUAGAGAAUCCGGCUCUCCAAAACAUCGACGAUAAAAUGGCUAUGAACCAUUAUCACUAUCAUGGGGCGAUCACUUCAUCGCAGAUCGAUGUUAAAAAUGAGAUGGACGACCGAAAUUCACCAGCCUACCAGAUAAGUGACGUAAAGAUGGAAACGGACAAAAUUCCUUCAAUGUAUCAUCACUUCGACAAGAUCUCCUCCUACUACAUCAAUCGGUCACCGUAUCUGAUUUCGCAAGUGAAUGACGAUGUGGAAUUCGCCGAACCUCGCAGUUCUUACUUGUCGCAGUUGGACAAUUCUAUCAAUACGAUGAAACUGUCGGAGACCCCGCUGAUCAACUAUCAGUCAAUCCCAAACCAGGCCGAUAUUCAAUCUAUGCAACGCUGUCGCAGUAAUGGCAGUAGCGGUGGUCACAUAUCUCCCACAUCUUCCAUUAAUUCUGCGACGCUACCGACAAUUACCAGUGUCCACUCGAUUGCUAGUAGCACCAGCGGAGGUCACAUCACCAUCAAUCAGAACUCAAUGCUGGAAAAGUCCACUUCAGCGUCCCCGAUAACUCCGGCGGCUUCGCCUACCCUGUCUAGUUCAUCGCAGCAAGCGGCGGCAGCGGCCAGUGGUACAAAUUAUCAGAAGAAAACGUCGUCCGGAAGUGGGAACAGUGGCGGGGGAGAGCAACAGCUGACCAGUACGACCGGAUCCGGUGACCCGGGCUCAACCAAAAAAGCCAACGGAGGGCGAAGGCAGGAAAAACCUCAGCUUAGCUACAUCAAUAUGAUUGUGAUGGCCAUCAAGGACUCGCCCCACCGGAGGAGGACGCUCAGCGAAAUCUACAAGUACUUACAAUCCAAGUAUGACUUUUUCAACGGUGAAUACAAUGGCUGGAAAAACUCCGUCCGGCACAAUCUCAGCCUGAACGAGUGCUUCAAAAAGCUGCCCAAGGAGUGUGGUAAACCGGGAAAGGGUCACUACUGGACGAUCGAUUCGUCGGCCGAGUACAUGUUCGAGGACGAAGGCAGCUUGCGCAGGCGACCCCGUGGAUUCCGCCGGAAACAGCAGCUGAAGGCGUACGGUACUGGAAGUGCCUUCUAUCCGGCGGGUAGCACCGGAUACGACAUUGCCGUACCCGAACUACCAAGCAGUUACAUCUCGCAACCGUACGCUUCCUACGAGUAUCCGAAUGCGAACGGGCAAAGUUUUUCCGACUCCUGGCACUAUCCAACGGAAGGGCUCGGUCAGUACUCGAAAAUCACCCACACGUCACUGCAUGAUCCCCAGCCACCGCCGGCUUCCCCGGUGCAGCAGAAUCAAAGCACCAGCACUAUGUUGGACUACGGCAAUUACUCGUUCGCCACCAGUCCGUACACUAUCGAUAAUGGUCUAAAAAUGGCAUCCCUAUCACAAAUGGCACCCAUGGCACCAUCGACAGUGGGCUCAGCUCCGGGAGCGCAAACACCGCCGUCUGCGUCCAGCAGCGGUGUCGUCGUAUCCAUGGCGACGAACAAUGGCGUCAGUGCACAGGGUUCCGCUAUGGUGAUGGAUUGUGCAGGACCCAAACAGGUAACCGGUUAUUCCGGUCCGCCACUGGGUAGCCAUUCGGCGAUGAUGGGAACAGGGCAGCACCAGCUACAUCUGCAUCAUCCCUCCCACCACCAUCACCAUCAUCAUCAUAUUCCUCAUUCGCAGCAAAACAGCACCAGUUCUGUCGGCGGCGUGGGACUGAACACGGUACUGACGGUAAACGGACAGUAUGACCAUGGGAAAUACGCAAACUGAGGAUACUGGAUUAGCGAAACAGUGGAGCAAUUCUUCAAAAAGGCAUGUUCGACAAUUUCAAGAAGUACUAAUAGAAUACGAACCAUAAGGUAGACUUACGUAGGUUUUUUUUUUUCAUUUCAUGAAAAUGAAUGUACAUUUGUUGAAUAAACCAA